CUCCCUCGCGCAGCCAGUCAGAGAAGGGAUGCUCUGAACGCAAGACUGCAGCAUCUUCACCGAGAGAAGGAGCAGAAAAAAACCUCGUCUCUUUCUCUGUGUUCCUCCAACUCCGCGUCUCCGGACCCUCUCACCCACCGUCACCGUCCGUCACCCCGGGGUGUCUGCAUGAUCGGAGCCAGGACAGGAUAAGAAGAAAGAAAUUAUCUGAUAGCCUACAAUAACCCACCGGAUUUUUUGUAUUGCUUCACCGACCUUUUCUCUUCUUUCUCCGGUUGAUUUCGCCUCUUUGUCUUUCGGUAUUGUUUUUUGUUAUUUAUUGUUGCGGAGGAGCGCCACCAUCCUGCACUGCCUGAUAUGAGUACGCUCUUUUAUGUAUUUGCAGCGGAAUGACACACAUAUCCUAGCCCGCAUAUCAGAAGCUUGAUGGAAGAUUGAUGCUCCAUUUGCACGUUUUCAGUAGCCUAGAUCAUCAUCCAUCUGCAGAGGUUCCGGAUUUGCUCCCCCCUCUGACUCGAUCAUCCGCCGUUCCGUUUCUUUCUCUGUCCCUGCGCAGCAUCUCGGUACGCACGGCGCACCACGGAGAAACGCGCAGCUAACCUUCCCCCGUCCAUAAGAAACAGGCGUAUUUUUCCAAUUCCCAGAUCGCUUUCGCCUUCUCCAAGGACUCAUCUGCACGGCUACGCUGCGUAACAAAACGGGGAAAAGGGGGAUUUAAACGCAAACGCAGCCCAAGCAUCCAAGAGCAAGCUCGAAAAUGAUGGCCGGCGGAGCAGUACAGCAAAACGGGAUUUUUUCAAAUCCUCACCAUCACAAUCAACAACCACACAUGGAGUCCGACCCUCCAGACUCACGUAAAAGACCCCUGGAGACUCCCACGGAGGCCAGCAGCACCAAACGCACAAACACAGGAGUGGCCUUCCUGCAGCCCCUUUUUGAAACUGAAGGCAUUGUAUUCCCUCAACAAGAAACUGAGACUCAUGAGGAAGGCGAGUACUUCCUGAAGGUUCUGAUUCCCAGCUAUGCGGCGGGCUCUAUCAUCGGUAAGGGAGGUCAGACCAUCGUCCAGCUGCAGAAAGAGACCGGAGCCACCAUCAAACUGUCCAAAUCCAAAGACUUCUACCCAGGAACGACAGAGCGGGUGUGUCUGAUCCAGGGCACGGUGGAGGCGCUGAACGGAGUCCAUGACUUCAUCGCUGAGAAGGUGAGGGAGAUGCCUCAGAGCACCCAGAAGUCAGAGCCGGUCAGCAUCCUGCAGCCGCAGACCACCGUCAACCCCGACCGCGUCAAACAGGCCAAGCUGAUCGUCCCUAACAGCACGGCGGGGCUGAUCAUCGGUAAAGGUGGAGCGACAGUGAAAGCGGUGAUGGAGCAGUCCGGGGCGUGGGUCCAGCUAUCCCAGAAACCCGAGGGCAUCAACCUGCAGGAACGGGUGGUCACCAUCAGCGGGGAGCCCGAGCAGAACCGCAAAGCCGUGGAGAUCAUCGUCCAGAAGAUCCAGGAGGACCCACAGAGCUCCUCCUGCCUCAACAUCUCCUACUCCAACAUCACAGGCCCCGUCGCCAACUCCAAUCCCACCGGCUCCCCGUACGCCAACUCCACCGAGGUGAUGCCGUCCGCGGCCGCCGCUGCAGCAUCCGCCGCUUCUUCUCUGCUCGGCCAGGCUAGCUUGGCCGGGGUCGGGGCCUUCCCCACCACCAUGUCCAGCUUCUCAGGCAACGACCUGCUGGCCAUCACCUCCGCCCUCAACACCCUGGCCAGCUACGGCUACAACACCAACUCCCUGGGCUUGGGUCUGAAUCCCGCGGCAGCCUCAGGAGUGUUAGCAGCGGUAGCAGCUAACGCUAACCCAGCAGCAGCCGCCGCAGCUAAUUUGUUAGCAUCCUAUGCCAGUGAUGCAUCCACCAGCGUUCACCAAGCAGCGAGUCUCGGGGGCUUCUCUCUGGGAUCCUUGGCUGCCGCAGGAGCCACCAACGGCUACUUGAGCGCCGCGUCGCCCCUGUUGGGGUCAUCUCUACUGGCCCAGGAGAAGCUGGGAGAAGGAGCAAAGGAAGUGGUGGAGAUUGCCGUGCCAGAAAACCUGGUGGGAGCCAUCUUGGGGAAAGGAGGGAAGACGCUAGUGGAGUACCAGGAGCUGACCGGCGCCAGGAUCCAGAUCUCCAAGAAAGGCGAGUUCAUCCCUGGAACUCGGAACAGGAAGGUGACCAUCACGGGGUCUCAGGCCGCCACGCAGGCUGCACAGUACCUGAUCAGCCAGCGAAUCACCUACGAGCAGGGGGUACGUGCCACCAACCCACAGAAGGUGGGCUAAACCUGACAGCCAAUGAGAAACGAGGAGGAAAAGAGGGGAAAAGAGUGGGGGCUUGGGGGAGGAGUAUCAAAAAUGUAAAGUGAGAAUGGAAAAAGGAGAGGAGAGCAAGAAUGUCAGAAGGAAUUGUCUGCGCCGUUUUCUUCUGCGUGUUUUCAGUAUUCUCUAUAAAAAAAAGAAAUGUUGACGCAAAGCAAAAAUGUGCUGAGAAGAUGAGGAGGGAAUGGAGUGAGUUAUCACGCUGAAAAACCAAGAAAAAAAUGUGUAACUAAAUGUGUAAAUAAGGUUUUAUUACUUAACGUCUUGACCUUUCGGAUUUUUUAUUGUUUCGUUUUAUUGUUUUGAUUAGUAAAUUAAGCUGUCUGUUUGUUCGUUUGUGUAUUGUGUGGACAGAGCUGAAUGCCAUGUAGACAGGCCGACUGCCUGAGAGGCGGCAGGAAGUAGGGGGAGGAAGGGAAGGGCAUGGGCACACAGGGGGGAGGGUUUGCGUUUACAGGGUACAACCCAAAAUCCCUUAUGGAAGUAACCCUAACCCCUCCCUCCCCCUGAAGCCCACACCGGUCACCCUCCUGUAGGGUUUUUGUUUUUCUUCUAGUUUUGAUUUGCCCCUCCGCCCCGCCUCCCCCCGAAGCCUCUCUCACUACUUGCCCACAGCCUUGCCUUCCCCUCACCCCCUCCCCCCCUUUUUACAAGGGUUUUUAUAAUGAGCAAGACUGCAAACUUAAGCCUGGUGUGCGAGAAAAGAAACGUCGUGAAAUCCCCCCGUAACCCCAUUUAUUCUCUCCCCCGUCGUAUGAUCUCAACUCCCCCCUCCUCCCCUCUUUCUGGGAGAUGAAGGAAGGGCGAGGUGAACUCGGGAAGGGGUGAGGGGCGGAGAGAAUGAGCUGGGCGUUUCUUCGUUUGCACACCACCCUCUGUAUACCCUGUGAUGUAUCCUACGAGCAGUGCAGCGCUGCAGGGGUGUCACGGCACGCAGCACCCCCCCCCCCCCCCCCCCAUACGCAGCUCUAGUGUUUGAUAUAGAAUGCCGAGGCGCACGUUGAUGACCUCACGUAGUGCGAAACCGACGAGAGUGAUACUGUGCAAGCUGCGGCAAACACACAGGAUCUAUGGCGUUUUAAUUUGCAGUCUGCUGUAAUGAUUCUGUUAUUAUCUGAUAUUGUCACGAUUAUACGAAUCCUCACCAUCAUCAUUAUUUAUUGAUGAGUUCACCCAUAAAAAGCUCAGUUGUUUUGUUUUUUUAUCUGUGAAUUCAGGUUGACAUGAAUGUAAAUGAGACUAUUUUUUUGUUUUAAUUUAAAUGAAUUGAAUAUGAAUAGUAAUGUCACAAAGUGUAAUAUAUGUCUUAUUUAAGUCCAGUAAGAGAGCCGCCCCAGGCAUUAAUAUCAUUACAGUGAAGGAUUACCUUAUAUAUCCAGUCUAAGAGCAGAACAGGGAAUGCGCACACACAUGCACACGCGUACACACUGAAACAAAACGCUAAUGCCACAUUUGGUGCUAGAAAAGGGAAUUCACCAUAUCUAUGAUGCAGACUGCAGUGAGACCUCUAGAUUAGCAAGUACAUAUCUGUAAUCACACCACAGGCUGCAGUGCAGAUCUACGCAGCUAUAACUCAAACGCCUCGUCGCCAUGCUUGGCCAUCCUCCCCAUGCCCCAAAAUAUCCCUAAUGUUCUAAAUCUGUAGUAAAACGCCCUGUUAAAAUUUGCCUAAAAUGUAAAAUUAUAACCAAAAUGAAUAAUUGGGUUCUCAGAUGAGCUGCUACUGCUCAGCCUGUGGUCUUCCAAACCCAAACCCAGUCCAAGCAAGAGCACUUAAGACUAACAACGUACUACUGAGACAUUGAGAAAAGGAAACACUGAAACAUGGGGACUGUUCGUCCGGGGUCCACUGCAGAUUCUGCUCGUCUCACUCCCAGAUUUGCUAUUUUAAGACAGCAUGCACAUCAGUAAAGGAGAUAAAUAGCCUCACUGAUCUCUUAUCAAGCGACCGUCCGACUGCCGAUGAAGGGCAGACAUGAUUUCCAACACACGUCCAGGGAGUUGUUUCUGUCUCUGGCAAACUGCAGGUUUCCCGUGGCAACUGCCCACUGUAGACCCAGAAGGCUGCUGAAGAUGCUGUUGUUUCUGUUCUUGGUUUUUUUGGUUUGUGUUGUGUUAUUUUCUCUUUUUUUUUUACAAUCGGAGUACACUGAAUUUUUGUCUUAAUGCACUGUGAAGCGAGGGAUCGGUUCUCUCUGCCUAUGAGGUCAGGGAUGUGUGCUGUAGACGGCAUCGCGAUUGGAUAUUUUUUUGUAUGGCAGGGGAAAAAAAACACACAUAUAUGAAAUAUAUGUAGAAUGCAUAUGAAGAACUUCACCAGAAAUGUAUCUGAAUACUGAAGGAGGAGAAAGAGACUAGGUUGAUGAAGAGGAUCAAUCAAUUGAGGUCACGAGUUUGAGAUCAAUUAGAGUCGACCCACCUGUUGUCCUGGAAAAUUGUUUUGUAAUCCGAGGGUGGGAUGUUGGGGGAGUGUUAGGUGUCCAGCAGCAGAUUAAAGAGACUGGAACAAAUUAUAAAUUCACUUUUCUAUCGCUGUCUUUUUCAUAAAAAUUGAUAAUGUACUGUACAUCCAAUGGGCCAAUCUAAGUCCAAUAGGAGUGUGACGGAAUGUAAAAAUGAGGAGGGGGUGCAUUUGAUCUAUUGAACAGCUCCUCUAAGUUAAUAAACAAAUAGGAUUCUUUUGAAACCAAUCCGACCCAUAAUGCUCCACUGUGCGAUCGAAUGUGUCACUCUGUUGGAGCGCCAGUGAGGGUUUAUCUCCACAGCUUGGUAAGGAGGCUUCUUUACUCCCAUCUAACACCAUCCACUCUGUCCUCACCCUCCCUCCCACCCGUCCUCAGUCCUCCAGUGCACUCCCAUCCUGACACCCCCCCUCUCCUCCUACUACAUCGCUCCAUGGGUGACUAUGUCUGGUGUUACGAUCAAUGCAUGUCUGCUGCUUUCCCUGACAAACACCACAGAAUGAGUCUCUCCCCUGUUUGCCUCCUCGGGGGGCCGGGGGGGCCGGAGAUGCCCUGAUCUAACGCACCACCACACCUGCAGAGGAGGUCCUAGUUGAGGCUGGCAGGACACAGUGAACAAACACUCUUAGCUGUUGGAUCAGUGCGUUUAAGUUUAUAAUACUUUGUUUAUUUGGAAAAACUUGCUGCACAAACAUACACAUAUUGUGAGGGAAUAUUCUGUCAUUGAUGGGGUUUGACUGGAUUUAUGUUGGGUUUCUUAGUGGCAAAAAGCUCAUAAGACCAUAUGAAGAUAGUGGUAGUACUCAUAGUGUGCUUUUGUUCCACUGUAGAGCUGUACUGUGCUGUAUGCAGUUAAUAAGCUAUUCUUCAGUUUAUUUAGUGCAUGUUGCUCCAUCUUUGAGCGGGUAAAUCAUGCUCCACUUGUUGUUUAUUGAGUCAAAAUGACCGCAGCUUUCACAGCUUUCGUAAUGUGAGGAUUGGCUGCUUUUAUAUUUGUCAAAUCAUUGAAACUGAAUAUGUUUGGGUUUCAGAUUAUUGGUCAGACUGAAAAAGGAAUUUGGACAGGCAUAUUCACAAGGUUCAGACAUUUAAAAGACUGAACAAAUAUUCAAUUCAUUUAAAAUAAUAUUUUGACCAUUAAUUCUGAUUUGAAGAUGUUUUCUUUAAUCGGAUGAAUCGGCCUCUACAGAAAAAGGGUGGACAUCCUUUACCAUAACUAGAGCGGGUUUAUAGUUGUCCAAUUUGCGUCAUGGCUAAAUGACAUUGGAUGCAGCACAGUGCGCUUACAGUGGAAAAUCGGCACUGCUAUUCCUGAUAUAGGUGCCAUUUAAGUUGAUUAUUACUGGACGGAUUUAUUGUUCAUCUCAUUAAUUAAACCAUAGAUAGAUCGCUUUUGGUUUGUUAUUCAAACAGCGGCUAAUCUCUUUAGCUUAGGGGGGAGAUCAAAUGUGACGAGUACUGGAAGCAAUACAUGUCUGCCGUAGGGGCUUUGGAUAAGAUGCUGAAUAGGUUUACAUGAUUAGAAAACAUUUAAUUUGUGGAAAAUGCUGCUAUAUAAUAAUAUCUGAUGUACUAAAAAUACAACAUAUCGAAAGCUGUCCUUUAGCUGGAGAGGCUAGCUUCAAGUGGCAGUGUAAUACAAGCUCUGUUAUAAGCUAAGUUAAUAAUUGUAUAAUUCUAACCUGAACAAGUUAAAACUGUGCCAAAAUAGGUCUUUACAGAGGUAAAUAUGUUGAUUUAAACUCAUAAGAUAAGAGGAGACAUACUUUUAUAUUUAGAAAAUGUGAAAAGUGCCAAAUGAACCAUAUUUAUAAGUGACGUAUGAAGUGAGUCGUCCGCGCAACAGUUUUAAGAAGUAAAAGCGCCUCAGUGAUGCAGAUUGUUGAAGCCCUCACUGUUCCUGCCACAAGAGGAGGGACCGCCAUGUUAGCAACGUGUUAACCAGUCAUCUGGGAACUACACUUCCCAGAAUGCAACAGCACUACGACUCGGGCUAGACUAAUCAACACAGCGAUAGGUUAUAACGUAAUUAUGCGAUUUAAAAAAUGUGACUCGAUAGCAUUCUUAAAUACAGCCUUUUAUAGUUACAAUGAAAAUGUAUUUUGUGGAAAUAGAUGUUAUCUUUUUUGCACGUCUAUAUUGCAUGAUAUCAAAGUGAAGCGUGGACAAAAAAGAUUUUAAAAAAAAUCAAAAAAGAAGUGACAAAAAGAAAGAAUCAGGCAGUGAGUGUCUGGAAACUAAUCUCUGCAUGCCGAUAGGGGUAGAGCAUUUUCAUAUUGUUUUACACUCGCUGUUUAAGUCUGCCGACCGCUGGUGAACACAAAGAAGUAUUUUGUGGUUAAGUUGUCGAGCCAUCCUCAAAGGGAUACUCUCGAACAAACCUAAGACUAUUUUGCUACUUUCUGAGCGAGCUUGUACUAAACAGUUCUCAGUUGCUGCCUAUCUUUAGACAGCAAAACUAAUCAGGAUUUAACUCUGAAGUCUGAGAUUGUCCAUGAAUGUACUCACCUCGGAAUAAGUUUGCAUAUCACUCCUCUGACCAUCGACGUGCAGUAGAGGCUUUCGUGUGUCUUUUUGUAUUCUAACAUGACUAACCCUUGACGCACUGUCGAGCUCUCAGUAUAACUGUCUGUCCUUCUAACCCCCGCCCCUCCCCCGCGCUCAGAGGCUUGUCUUGUCAUUGAUAUGCACCUUAUUGACUUUUACUUCAAAUAUGACUCGGAGCACCUCCAGCCCUGCCCUGUGUAAUUCAGUGUUGGGAGAGUCAUCAAGAGAGUGUGUUCCUCACCUACAGAAAAACACUCAAACAAAUCUUGCUGCUGCACUCUCGGUCUCCUUGGGUGCAGCAUUUGGGACAGAUUGUGUUUUGACUCUCUUAAUAUGCAAUCCAAGGCUCUGAUCUCAGGGAGAGGAACAACACUGACUGUCUCUCCCUUCCUCCCCCUCUAAGUUCAAUUCGAUUCUUUAAUGGAUUCAAUGUGGGAAAAAAAGAAGCCAAAUAGCGCAAUCUAAUUCCUUAUUAUGCAACCAGUAUUUGAAACGUUGGCUUCAAUUAAAUGUAUUUCAUCAACAGAUUUCAUAUAACUGUAUUUGGUUCAUUGAAAGCAAUAAUAUUAAGCUGAAAUGAAAAAUGAUAGGUUCAACUUAAUAUUAUUGCUUUCAACUAAUGAAAUACAGCUGUGUGAAAUGUGUAGCUAAAUACAUUUCAUUUAAGUCAGUAUUUUCAGCAGAAAACUUCCCACAAAGAAUCCUGCUCCCAGCGACAUGUUUGCACUAAACUCCCUGCUGUUACUGUGCAUGGCAGGCCGAGCAGGGUGGGGGUGCGAGACUACUGGAGAUGUUACUCUAGGUGUUUAUGCAGCAGUGUAUUUAGAUGUGCAUGCUCCUCUCUCUCUUCCUCUCUCUGUCUGCUUUAGGCUCGUGGUGUGUGUGUGUGUGUGUGUGUGUUCUGCGACGUAGCCGGCUCUCUGUGUUUUUAUUGUGAUGUGUAGAGGAAUGCAAACUUAACCCCCACCUGCUCGCCAGGUGACCUCAUGGCUUCUCAGUGGGUGUGGCUCUUUGACAUAGUCCUCAGUUUCUUUUUGCCCCCUCCCCUCCACUGCCACCUCCACAAACCCACUCUCACCCACACCCACCCACCUCUUCCAAGACAUAUUAUGGGACCCCUCCCCGCUCCUUUUUCACCCCCCUUUCGACCCAAAAUCUCGGGCCCCAUCGAAGCACCAGCAACUGUAGACUGCAUUUGUCAUAUCACUGUUUUUCUGUUCCUUCUUCUCAGUGUUGAUUUUUUUUUCCUGGUUUUGAUUUGUACUGUAUGCUCUGUCUAACCGAGAGCAGCUUUCAACUGAAUGCCAUUUCUGUGUGUAGCCUGUUUACCCCUACACAACACACACACACACACACACACUCAUACACACACACUCAUACACACACACACUCAUACACACACACACACACACACACUCAUACAUACACACACACACACACUCAUACAUACACACACACACACUCACACUCAUACAUACUCUUCCAUGCCCUCUUUUUGCACUUUCACUGCCCACCCCUCCUUCUUUCUGCCCAAACACACACUCGUUCCUCCUCCUCCCACCAGUAUCUUCUCUCGAGUGCCAAAAUAGAAAACAGAGGGGGAAAAAAAACAAAAAAAAAGACAACAACAACCAUUCCAAGCGUUUCUUUGAGUUGUUCUUGUGUGUCGGACAUCCAUCCUGGAAGCACCCAUGAAGCCAGCAUGCUCCGCCCUCAUAACAUGAUGUCGCUCAUGACGCCUCAACUGAACAGCACCUUGCCCCCCCACCACCACAACCACUCCUCCUCCUCCUCCUCCUCCUCCUCCUCCUCACCACCCCCCACAGAGCUAAACCCCGACAAGGAUUAACCCCUGCAGGUUGGCUACCUACCUGCUGUCCUGCCUCUCAACCUACCUUUAAAAAAAAGCCCCACCGCUCAUGCCAGCUGCUUUCCUAAUUCUGUCAUCUCUUCAGCCUGUGGGACUCCAUUGAUUAUGUGCCAUAGUGUUGGGGGCACCUCUCACUCUCCUCACCCCCUCCCCCCUUCUCUCUACCCCUCACCUUUUCUCUCUUUCUAUCUCGCUCCAUUUGAUUUUUCUCGAUGGGAAAGAUUCAAAAACUCCAUUUUUUCUAAUGAUGAUUUUUUUUGUCGUUUAACAUCCAAACCACGCACGCCGACACACGCAGGAGUGUUUACGCACCGUCAGCUGCGCAGCCAUCCUCUGUCUUCUUGAACUUUUUUGAACUUUCACCCCCCUCAUGAACUUUAUUGACCUUCUUCCUCCUCCUCCCUUCUGUGUUCAUCCAACUGUUUGGACGAUAACUCUCCAUUCCAUCCCCAAAAACCUCUCUGAGACUGUGCAAUGCUAGCUGAUAUGAUUGGAUGUUUUUGUUUGUUUGUUUGUUGCUCAUCAUUGGGGACAAUUCUCUGAGAUAUAAGUCGAAAAAGAACAAAAAAAAAACAUAUGAAAGGAAGAAGAAACAUUCUAAAAAGAAGUGCAGACAAACAAAAGAAAGGGAAAAAAACACUAAACAACUGUUUCUCCACAAUUUCAUUUUGUUUCUCUCUCAUUGUAAAUAUUUUUGUCAGAUGUUUUGCCGAGCUGUAAAGAGAGAAGUGUUGAGCAGAAAGGGGCCGGCAGCAUAAAGAGGUACUAGUGGACGCGGUAGACGAUCACUCUCCAUACUCCAUAUCGGCUAGUUAGGUCUGCCUGUAUAAUCGGCUAUGCUACUUCUACUGUGUUAACCUGUGCUGUUGUUAUUAGUGUUGAUUUACCUACUGUAUUCGCUGUUUAGCUUCCAUGUUGGUUAGCUUUAGAUACCUGUGCUCAUAGAAGAAGAAUACUGACCUUGAGAAGUAGUCCGAGCCAUUCUCAACGUAGGCUUGUUUUCGUACAUUUGUUGGUGUUUUCCUAACAGUGAGUUGUAGUGGCGCUAGUUUUAUCAUCGAGUUAUUAAAAAAUGCUUGGUCGUGUUAGAGGCAUAUCAUCGUGGAAAACUCGGCUCCUCCAAGUUGUAAAAAAAACCCAGGGAGGGAGACAGAACAACAACAACAAAAUGCUCCUCCUGGGCUACAGAAUGAGGAAGCUGAGCUGCUAACUUCUGUGCAAUACAGUCCUAGUUUACAUACCAUAGAAUGCUAGUUUAGAGAUGAUUAACCUCUGCAGGGGACAUUCGAACCCCCCCCCGCAGAACCAAACCUGUGCAUAUCUUCAUAUCCCGCUGCACAUCAGAGACAUGUUGAAAGUAUUAAAGUGACGGCGCGAGAUUAGACUCCAUUAUUUCACCGCAUCGCUCUGAGCUCCACUCUUGAUUUAUGCUGCCUGCCCCAUCGCCCUGACAACACCACAUGAGCUAUUUAUUUCUCAGACUAUUAUUAUUAUUAUACUAUUAAUAAAUAACAACGAGAAAAAGGGAACGACUGGAAAAAGGUGAAUUAAUAUUAGUAUUGUUUUGUUUUUAUUUUUUAGUAUUUUAGUGUUUGCUUUUAACAACAUUCAUUAACUGACUUAAAGAGUAUUGAAUAUUUAAUGUAAUUGUAGCAUUGUGUUUGUAAAGAGAAAAAAAAUCCUAGUGAGUUGUGUUUCUUGACUUGUGGAUUACCAGUGAAGUGGGCAAUCUAGUGCUAAUAUAUAUGAGGUCUUUUUUUAAGGAUUCUUAUUUUGCGACAGCAACAGCAGUCAUUAUAAAUGUUCAUUUUAGCAUCACCUGUCUUCCGUUGUCUUAUUCUUCACCUUCCACCACACUCUGCAUCAUCACAGUAACACAUCGCAAGUCUGGGGGAGGGAGAGAGUGAGUGUGUGUGUGUGUGUGUGUGUGUGUGUGUGUGUGUGUGUGUGUGUGUGUGUGUGUGUGUGUGUGUGUGUGUGUGUGUGUGUGUGUGUGCGCGUGUGUUUGUGUGCAUGUUUGUGUGCAUGUGGAAAUGUUUGUCAUGAAUGUAAAUGUGAGUGUGAAUUAACAAACCUGUGUAUUUAUUUGUUUGUUUGUGACUAUGCAAAUAUGGUGAAUGAGUGCAUGUCUGUUUGUUAGUGUGUGUGUCAGUGUGAGUGUGUGUGUCAGUGUCUGUGUGUGUGUGUGUGUGUGUGUGUGUGUGUGUGUGUGUGUGUGUGUGUGUGUGUGUGUGUGUGUGUGUGUGAGAGAGAGAGAGUGCCUGCUGUAUAUAUGAGGGCAGGGUUCAGGGUGGGUGUUCUGUCCAGUGUUCACCAAAAGCUAAAACCUGUCAGGCUUCCAUACCUCCUGAUGGAACCUCCUGACGUUAGCUGCAAACCCUCAUCAUGUGAUCAGACUCAACUCGACUGUUCAUAACCCCCUCAGUCACCUGACCAACCAAAUCAACCAAUCACUGUCCACCACUACCGCCUUCCCCUGCGCCAUCCUUUGCUGCACAUCACGUCAGCCCCAUGUGAUGUUCUCCAUCUAUAACAUACUGUCUCAAUCUACUGUUACAUACACUGACAGCUCUGGGGAGAAAUAUAGAAUGGAAGUGCUCGUACUUGAGGUGCGCUUGGUUUUGUUGGUAGUGUUUUCAGUUGAAGUGUUUGCAAAUAAAAGAAAAUGCAGCUUCAGUUGUCAAAAAAUAGAAAAUCAAGUACCUCAAGUUGUUUCAUUUUAAAAUGGCCAUUUCAGGCCAGAUAUCUGUCUUUAACAUUUCUAUCGCCAAAACAAUGGUGGUCAAUGGAAUGUAGUUUGUGGUUCUUAAAGCAUUACAAAUGUUCAUUUAAAGAAUCAUUAGUGUCCCUGAUUUUCUGGGUAAACAGUAAACCUCACUUAAAACAGUUUUUAUUGGGACUAUUUUUACUGUAGUUCCUUAAAAACUUAAAGACUUUGUGCUCCGAAAACCAAAUCGAGUUUUUUUGGGAGAUGAUAACGUAAAUGUUAAAGCAGAUAUCUCAAAACCAAUAUGAAAUACCUCUAGAGAUGAGUAAGAAAAUGUUUUUGCAAAUAAGAUGAACUGGCCCUUUAAUCUGAACAAGGUGCACUUGUUCGGUCUACUUUCUUUAGCAUCAUUUGAAACCAUUUUGAAUUCCAGUAUUUGUCUCCAGAGCGGCAUCCUACAUUCUACUGUUCAUACUACUGUAUGUGCUGCAUACUACCUUACCAGGUCAGAAUCCACCUUAACCUGUCUCCAUGCCAACCACAAAAGGAGCCAGUUGCACAGCAACAGGCUUCCGCCACAACAAAACAACCUACCAACCUACCAUCUUCCUCAACCACCGAGGCCACGCCCACCUGACUAUGAUAGUUCCAUAGAAGAAAAAAGAUAGAGGAAGAGAGGAUAGGAAGAAGGGAGGACAGAUGAAAAGACGUAGUUGUGAUUCUCAGGUUGUCUUAUAUUGAUCUAAUGUUCAGUCUGUUCUCAAGUCUCUCACUGGUGUCCUGUUGCCCCUAACUGAGCCCAAAGACCGUUGAUUGACUACCGACCAAUUCCUCUCGAACAGUUGAUUGAUAGUAUUGAUUGACCAAUUAUUGUGAGAGAAGCUACACAGCCAGCCAGGUGAAUGAAGCUAGGCACUGUAACUAAUGUUUACAACUCAAAUGAGACCAACAACGCUGUUGAAAGAAUGUCUAGGACUUUUUUUUUUUUAAAAAGGGAAAAAAAAGAGAGACAAAUCUCUGAAGAGUACUUAUUUCUAAAUGAUGGAACUUUUCGCUUACUUUCUAUGUGACAUGAGGUAAUGUAAUUUCUUUCAAUCAUUGCAUGUGACUAUUUUGAUUUGCAAUGAAACUGUUAGAAUGGAUGGUACAUUUGUGACGUCAGUGCAACGUUGGGACACCGACGCUAGAAAUCAAUGUCGGUUUCUUAUAACAGUGUUUUUAUGUCGCCGUGAGGAGUGCUUAUGGACCAAUGAAUGCUAAAUGUGUGACCAUACAAAGCUGUAAAGGUUUUGUUUAUUUGUACAUGGUUAUGGGUAAAAUAAACCAUUGAAGCAAA